UCUCUUUCUAUCUACUAUAAAAAGAGACUCUCUAACAACUCUGAAGAUUGAGACAACUAAUUGAAGUAAACCAUGGAGAAGAAUACUGCCCAAACCCUCUUCUCCAUAUUUUCUCUUCUUCUUCUCCUUUCUUCAUGUGUCUCUGCUCAGCUCCGGACAGGUUUCUACCAGAGGUCAUGUCCCAACGUCGAAAACAUCGUCCGUAACGCCGUCCGUCAGAAAUUCCAGCAGACUUUCGUCACCGCUCCGGCCACUCUCCGCCUCUUCUUCCACGAUUGCUUCGUUCGCGGAUGUGAUGCGUCAAUAAUGUUAGCAUCACCGUCAGAGAGAGACCAUCCAGAUGACAUGUCACUGGCCGGAGACGGAUUCGACACGGUGAUAAAGGCGAAACAAGCCGUUGAAAGAGAUCCUAACUGCCGCAACAAAGUCUCAUGUGCUGACAUUUUGGCUCUCGCCACUCGUGAAGUCGUGGUUUUGACCGGAGGACCGAGCUACCCUGUGGAGCUAGGGAGGAGAGAUGGCAGAUUAUCAACAAUAGCCAGCGUUCAAAAGCAACUGCCUCAGCCCGGUUUUAACCUAAACCAGCUUAACUCAAUGUUCAGCCGUCACGGUCUCUCUCAAACCGACAUGAUCGCCCUCUCAGGAGCGCAUACUAUCGGAUUCGCACAUUGUGGGAAAUUCUCAAAGCGUAUUUACAAUUUUAGUCCUAGAACACGUAUUGACCCAAGUAUUAACAGUGGAUACGCACUUCAACUCCGACAAAUGUGCCCGAUCGGGGUCGACCCACGAAUCGCUAUCAACAUGGAUCCCGUCAGCCCACGUACUUUCGACAAUGCUUACUUCAAGAAUCUCCAACAAGGAAGGGGUUUGUUUACGUCAGACCAAGUCUUGUUCACGGACCAACGUUCUAGAGCUACGGUUAACUCGUUUGCCAACAGUGAAGGAGCUUUUAGACAAGCUUUUAUCUCGGCCAUCACAAAAUUGGGUCGGGUUGGUGUUAAGACUGGUAAUGCUGGUGAGAUUCGAAGAGAUUGUUCACGUGUCAAUUAGAGGUGUUUUGACGUUUUUUUUCUUUUUUUCUUUUCGGGUUUCUUUCUUUUAUUCAUUAAGAGGAUUUGUUUUUAUUUUGUUAAAUAAACGUUAAGUUCUUAUUGUUAAUAAUGAGUCCAAAAGUGUUCAUGAAAAACUACAAUUAAUAAGAUGGAUUUAUUUCGCUUUUCUU